CUUCCACCGAGAUACAAGAAUUUGGAAAAAUAUAAAUGUCAGUCUUGCACGAAAAGAUGUCAAUCAGAAUACGGUCUAAAAAUUCACAUGAGAAAACACACAGGAGAACGCCCGUUUACGUGUGAGAUUUGCUCGAAAAGAUUUGCAGAUAAAUCAAAUUUAAAAACUCACAAGCUGCGAAAACAUUCAACAGAAAAAUGUACAUCUCAGAUAUUUCGAAGAGAAGAUACGUCACAGCGUAUUCAAACCUCUGAACAGAAUAUUUCACAAUCUGAUAUUCACCUUCCUGAUAAAAUUUCGUCAACAGAAGUAACGCACGAGGAACAUACCAAAGACAAUGACAGAGAAAAAACUUCUCAUUCUUCUGAAACAUUAUACCAAUGUGAUCAGUGUUCCUUUAGUACAAACUGGAAGAAAAAGUGGUUACAACAUAAGCACAGUCAAACUCAUGACGCUUCAUCCACUUCAAUGGAAAUUGAAGAAACAGAAGACCCACAAAUAUUGACAGCAGUUAAACUGAUUAGCAGAAGCAGAUUGGAGACUAAGAAGAAGAAAAAGGAAUUCUUUAAUUUGGAUGAACCAACGACUUCCAAAUAAACUUUAGAAAAAUUUAAAUAAAAAUUUAUCUAUUUUUGCA